CUCAUUUUUCGUUGCGUUUCCCCAGAUAGUCCCUCGUCUGCCGACAGUAUUAUUAUUCCUCGCUGAAACUGCACGUGAAUGAUUACAUCAAUCUACGUUUCCUGAAGCUCAAACUUUGGCCUUGCGUCCCGAAGGCCGCGUUCUUUCCGUUCACCAUGGAUAUCCAGGAGACCCAACGUCUUCUUUCGGAAUACCUCCAUGAGCUCGCAAAUCUAUUUCACCGUCUACCAGGAUCUGCAAUUUUCCUGCGGUACGUGAAAUCGAGCUAUCAGAAUGAUCCGAUCCGAUCCGCCGUCGAAUUGUUCCUUUUCCUAUUCGCAGUUCGCUAUCUGCUCGCACCAAAGUACUCAACGAAACCCGGAGUCGUCAAACUUUCCGAGGACGAGAUUGACGACCUCGUGGAUGAAUGGACGCCGGAGCCUCUUGUGGGACAGCCCACAGCUCUGGAGGAAAUGGAGGUCGAGAAGCGGACGGUGAUUGUUGGUCCGAUCGGGCCCAAGUCCAAACUGUCCAACGGUCGCACGGUGAUGAAUCUUGGUUCUUUCAACUUCUAUAACUUUAAUACAAACGAGGGUCUCAAGGAAAAGGCAAUCCAGACGCUCCGCAAUUAUGGAGUUGGCCCCUGUGGUCCCCGAGGAUUUUACGGCACACAAGACGUGCACAUGAAGACCGAAGCAGAUGUUGCUGCCUAUCUCGGCACAGCGGCUUGCAUCAUCUACUCCCAGGCAUUCUCUACCAUAUCGAGCGUCAUCCCAGCAUUUUCGAAACGUGGAGAUAUUAUUGUUGCCGACAAGGGUGUCAAUUUCGCCAUUCGGAAGGGUAUUCAGAUUUCGCGCAGCAUGGUCCGGUGGUAUGAGCAUAAUGAUAUGGAAGACUUGGAAAGAGUUCUUGCGAAGAUCACCAAAGAGCAAGCGAGAAAGCCCCUCACGAGAAGGUUCAUCAUCACCGAGGGCCUUUUCGAAUCGUAUGGUGACGUGGUCGAUCUUCCCAAAAUCAUUGAACUGAAACUCAAGUACAAAUUCCGACUCAUCCUUGACGAAACUUGGUCAUUUGGCGUCUUGGGAAGGACCGGCCGAGGCGUCACUGAGCACCAAAACGUCGAUGCGGCAGAAGUUGAUAUGAUUGUGGGCUCGCUGGCCGGCCCACUCGUCGCUGGAGGCGGUUUCUGUGCUGGUUCUGAGGAAAUUGUCCACCAUCAACGGAUCUCUGCCGCCGCAUAUACAUUCUCAGCGGCAUUGCCUGCCCUCCUAUCGACGACAGCAAGUGCAACGAUCAACUUGCUUCAGAACGGCCCUGAACUAGUAUCGCAGCUCAGGGAACAUACCAAAGCUAUGUGGGCACAGUUGGAUCCUCGCAGUGAUUGGGUGUAUUGUACCAGCGCUCCUGAGAAUCCCGUCAUGAUCCUUGUUUUCAAACCCGAGGUGGUGGCCGCGAAGAGACUUACUGCCGAAGACCAGCAGUUCUUACUGCAGGAUGUGGUUGACGAGUGCCUUGCGAAUGGUGUCCUUAUCAGCCGUCUCAAGUCUCUGGAUGAUAACUUUCAGCCGAAGCAAAUUGUUCCUCCAGCGCUCAAGGUGUGUGUCACCAUCGGCUUGACGAGAAAGGAAAUCGAAAAGGCCGGAACGAUAAUUCGCCAUGCUAUCACGAAGGUGGCGAGCAAGAGAAAGUAGAUCACUUCUUCGCCCAGAUCUCCUUCUCAAGGGGCUCAAACCGAAACGCUUAUGCUGUCAUGACCUCGUUUGCUUCGUAAUUGACCUACAUCGCCGUGACUUUUCGGUUGUCUUUCUCCUGACGUGCAACACUCCUACUCUCAACUUUGAGUACAAUACACCAUUAUGAUGAAUGCGUGCAGCAGCCAUCGACUUCAUUUGGUGAAGUAGUUUGGAGUAUGUUUGGCCGUCUUCCCGUCAGCCACAUGUGAGGGGAACGGGCAUAAUGACUUCUGGGGUAUGGGAGACCGCUUUCCCAAUUGUGUAUAAUUAGGCCUUGCUGUGCGUUCACCUCUUAGCAUUAUUAGAUAUGCUUUUAAUACAAGGGAACAAAGUGGUAUCCUUUCAAUAU